GCUCAGUGGACGAGGCUCACUAGAAUCGGACCCAGGUUCGAAAUGGCAGAACACUUGUGUACAGGAAUAUCAAACACAACAACAUAUUUUUGCUGUCUCUGUCUGGAUAUUUAAGGAGUGAGCAAACAUUUGCCUUGUAACACCCACACAUCUGUUUUCAAUCCUUGGAGAUGAAGAAUUAUAUCAUCGCACCUGGAAAUGUAUUUUGUGCUUGAAAUGAAGUUGUCUGUUGUAACUCAGUGUUAUCCACUGGAACCAAGGUGCUAAAAACAGACCAGCAUUUCUUCACUGGAUUAUUCAACUGCAUUGAUCGUACAAGGGAUUCAAACAUCUGACUUUCUGAAUUGCCAGAGAAUUGAUCGCAGUGAGAAAUCAUUCUGCUCCUCUCAGUGUAGGAAGGGAUUCACUCACAGCCUAUCUGCAAACACACCAGUCAGUUCACAGUGGGGAUAAGCCAUUCACCCGCUCUGUGUGAGGGAGGGGAACUACUCAGUCAUCCAGUCUGAAGAUACAUCUGCAAGUUCACACCAUAGUGAAUGCUCCACCUGUUCUGACUGCAGGAAACCAUUCAUUCUGUCAUUGAUGCUGAAGGUAUAUCAGAAAAUUCACCAAUGAGAGGACAUUGACCUGCUCGGACGGUGGAAAGACACUCACACUCAACCACACCACAGUGACACCAGUGAGUUCACACUGAGAAGAUGCCAUUCACCUGCUCAGACUGUGGGAAGGGAUUCACUCACUCGUCUAAAUUACAGAGACAUCAGCGAGUUCACACUGGGAAGAGGCCUUUCACAUGCUCUGAAUGUGGGAAGGGAUUCACUCAGGCAAAUCACCUGCUAGAACAUCAAUAUGUUCACACUGGGGAGAGGCCAUUCACCUGCUCAGACUGUGGGAAGGGAUUCACUCGACUAUCUCAUCUACUGAGACACAAGUUCGUUCACAGUGGGCAGAGGCCUUUUACGUGCUCUGAAUGUGGGAAGGGAUUCACUUCAUCAUCUCAACUGAAUGUGCAUCAGCGAGUUCACACUGGGCAGAAACUGUUCAGCUGCUCUGAAUGUGGGAAGGGAUUCACUCAAUCAUCCAAACUUGUGAGGCACUACCAAGUUCACACUUGGCAGAGGCCUUUCACAUGUUCAGAAUGUGGUAAGGGAUUCACUGAGUCAUCUCAACUGAAGGCACAUCAGCGACUUCACACUGGAGAGAGGCCAUUCACCUGCUUUGAAUGUGGGAAGGGAUUUACUCGGUCAUCUCAACUGAAGAUACAUCAGCGAGUUCACACUGGGGAGAGGCCAUUCACCUGCUCUGAAUGUGGGAAGGGAUUCACUCAGUCAUCUCAGCUCUUGAGUCACCAGCGAGUUCACACUGCAAACAAACCAUUCAUCUGUUCAGAAUGUGGUAAGGGAUUCACUCGGUCAUUUCAACUGAAAGAACAUCAGCGAGUUCACACUGGCGAGAAGCCGUUCACUUGCUCUGAAUGUGGCAAGGGAUUUGCUCGGUCAUCUCAACUGAAGGUACAUCAGCGAGUUCACUCUGGGGAGGGGCUACUUACAUGCUCUGAAUGUGGGAAGGGAUUCACUCAGUCAUCUCAGCUCCUGAGACACCAGCGAGUUCACACUGGGGAGAAACCAUUCAUCUGCUCAGAAUGUGGGAAGGGAUUCUCUUGGUCAUCUCAACUGAAGGAACAUCAGCAAUAUCACACUGGGGAGAGGCCGUUCACCUGCUCUGAAUGUGGGAAGGGAUUCACUCGGUCAUCUCAACUGAAGAUACAUCAGCGAGCUCACACUGGGGAGAGGCCAUUCACCUGCUCUGAAUGUGGGAAGGGAUUCACUCAGUCAUCUCAGCUCUUGAGACACCAGCGAGUUCACACUGGGGAGAAACCAUUCAUCUGCUCAGAAUGUGGGAAUAGAUUCACUUGGUCAUCUCAACUGAAGGAACAUCAGCGAGUUCACACUGGGGAGAAGCCGUUCACCUGCUCAGACUGUGGGAAGGACUUCACACGGUCAUCUGACUUGAAAGUACAUCAGUUCGUUCACUCUGGGAAGGAACCGUUCACCUGCUCAGUUUGUGGGAAGAAAUUUACACGUUCAUCUGACCUUAAUGUACAUCAGCGAGUCCACACUGGGGAGAAACCAUUCACCUGCUCCGACUGUGGAAAGGAGUUCACACGGUCAUCUGACCUGAAAAUACAUCAGAGAGUUCACACCGGGGAGAGGCCAUUUGCCUGUUCAUAUUGUGGGAAGGGAUUUACUCGGUCAUAUCAACUGAUUGAACAUCAGCGAGGUCACACUGGGGAGAGGCUGUUUCCCUGCUCGGAUUGUGGGAAAGGAUUCAAUCGGUCAUCUCAACUGAUUGAACAUCAACGAGUUCACACCGGGGAGAAACCAUUCAGUUGUUCUGAAUGUGGGAAGGGAUUCACUCAGUCAUCCAGCCUUGUGAGGCACAGCCGAAUUCACACUGGGGAGAAACCGUUCACCUGCUCAGAUUGUGGGAAGGAAUUCACUCGGUCAUCUGACUUUAAAGUACAUCAGCAAAUUCACACUGGGGGUGCAACUCACCUGUUCUGAAUGUUGGAAAGGAUUCACUCAGACUUCUCAAAUGAAUAAACAUCAGCGAAUUCACACUGGGUAGAAGCCAUUCAUCUGUUCCAACUGGGAAUGAAUUCACACAUUCAUCCCACCUACCAACACACUCGACUGUUUUCAUCAGUGAGAGGACGUUGACCUGCUCAGACUGUGGGAAGGCAUUCACACACGGCAGAGAGAGUGGUGGGUUCACAAUGUGGUGAGGGAUGUGACAUGCUCUGAAUGUGGGAUGGGUUUCAGUCAGUUAUUCAUCCUUGCAUUGCCCUACUGAGGUUUGACCCAUCGUUAAUGAGAGAGAUCAGAAGCUUGAGAGGGCGUAAUUCAUUCAGGUUCACCAAUCGAGUAUUUAAGGCUGUGGUUCAGGCAGGUUAUUUUUCAGAUUUCAGUGGUGGCCAAUCAGCAUUCAGAAUUGAUUAUCAAGAAGAUAUUAAAGUCAGGCAGGAGCAAGUGGAGCAGUCAUUGUCGGAACGGACAGAGUUGGAGCGGAGACUUCGAGACGUUACAUCAGUGAGGAGAGCAUCCAGUCAGAGAAGGCAAAAUCAUGAUGGAGCUCAAAUUAUUUUUGCCGCCUUCUUUACACUUGCUCAGUUAGAACAGUGGAGAUGCCAGGCAAGCUGGUGGAAAGCUCCUCUUGCGGGAUGUGGGAAGGCAGGGGACCCUCCUGUGUCCCUGAUAACUACAGCUGUGAGAAGUCCAUCCAGCUUCAGCUCCGAACAACCCACACUGAUGAACACCUGAUCAUCCGGGAGGCUGAAGGGGUGAUAGGUAGGAGAUAUAGGGAGGUAGUUGCACCCAAGUUGCACAGUACAGGAAACUCAGUGAUAGUCAGGAGGGGGAAAGGGGAGACAGCAAGUGCGGUUUACCCCUGUGUUCAUCCCCCUGAACAACACACAUAUCACUUUAGAUACUGUUGGGGACGGUGGGAUGAUCUAGCGAAGGAAAAUCACAGCAGUAGGGUCUCUGGCGCUUAGCUGGCUCUGAGACUGAGAACGGAAAAAUGGAGAAGAGGUGAGCUGUGGUCAUAGGUGAUUCAUUAGCAAAGCAGACGUCCCACCCAGAAGUUCCAGGUGUCUCCCGCAUAUUGAUAGUGGCUCCCUGACGCCUGGAAAGUAUAUACAAUAUCCCAGAAAUAGAUUUUUUUGAGAGGGAGAGCAAGCAUCCUGAUUCGUCUCUCUUCGUGCUAAGAGUGGUCCCCAACCACCGGGCCGCGAGGAAACGAUAUGAUUUGGUGAUAUGAAACGAUAUGAGUCAGCUUCCCCUUUCUUCAUUCCCUGUCACGCACUGUUGAAUUUUAACGCUCGCGAGGUCAUCAGUGACCCAAGAUGUGCAAAGGAAUGGGUCCAUGACCCAUUUGUGAAUGCCCCUGGUGAAUCAUCCAUGUCAGCACGGGAAAAAGAUCAACUCCUCGAGCUUGCAAAUGACGGUGGGCUGAAAAGUACAUUUGACAUAACAUCUCUGCCGGCAUUCUGGAUCAAAGUCAAGGCUGAAUAUCCUGAGAUAGCCACGAAAGCACUGAAAAUGUUGCUUCCAUUUCCCACAUAUCUCUGCGAAGCAGAGUUUUCUGCAAUGAAUGCAACGAAAACUAAAUUGCGGAAUAGACUGGACAUAAGGAACCCCCUUCGAGUGUCGCUGUCUUCCAUCACCCCUCGAUAGGACCGUGUUGUUGCAGGAAAACAAGCCCAGGGCUCCCACUGAUUCAGCGAUAAUUGGUGUGUUGCAAUGAUUUUAUAUGUUCAUAUGAGGAAAAUAUGCGCUGUGUGUUUAAUAUCCAAACGUUACUUAAAAUGUUAUGAUGCUAUUGACUUAUAAGUGAUUUAUAAUUCAGUGGUGCCCAACUUCUGGGCCGCGAAGAAUAGAGCGGUGGCCCGAGCGCAUCCAGCAC